AGGUUCUUAAAGACUACAAGGGAUCCUCCUCCACAAAAAAAGGAAGCAGAGAGAGGCAACGCUUUAAUUCACUGCCUACAAGAACAACACUCAUCUGAGAGCACUUUGUCUUCCUUAUUUUCUCCUCUCAGUGAGCAACAAACACUUUUACUUUUUUCCCUCUGAGAAGACCCACAACUGACGCCUUGACUUGCAGCCCUUCCCCCCGUCUCUCUGCAAAUCCAGUGGUUUGACUUUACCUCCCAUGUGCAUCUGGACCCGGUGACGACAUUACCUAUUGACGCAGCAACCACUAGCAGCAGCGAUGGCGCCCUCUCUCCUGCAGGCGUACAGGAGGCGCUGGUGGAUGGCGGUGACGGCGGUGCUGGAGAACCUGCUGUGUUCGGCCGUGCUGCUGGGAUGGGGCUCGCUGCUCAUCAUGCUGAAACAAGAGGGCUUCUACUCCCACCUGUGCUCAGUGAAUGAGUCCUUCGUCGUGUCUUUGAGUAACUCUUCUGAAGGUGACGUUGAGUGGCCCCACUGCGUGGACCAGGAAGAGAUGCUGAAUCUGGGCUUCACUAUUGGGUCCUUCUUGCUCAGUGCCACCACCCUGCCACUCGGGAUCCUGAUGGACAGGUUUGGGCCACGCCCAAUUCGCCUGGUGGGCAGUUUCUGUUUCGGCCUGUCCUGUGUUAUAAUGGCCGGGUCUGUCUACAAUCCUCAGGUCCUGUCAGCGCUCAUUUUCUUGGCGCUCUCCUUUAAUGGCUUCGGAGGCAUCUGUCUGACCUUCACAUCACUCACGCUGCCCAACAUGUUUGGUUCUCUGAGCUCCACCAUCCUGUCUCUGAUGAUCGGCUCCUACGCCUCCUCUGCUGUCACCUUCCCUGGAGUCAAGCUCAUCUACGAUGCAGGUGUGUCCUUCAACGUGAUCAUGUGGGUUUGGGCAGGCCUUGCAGGGUUCGUCUUCUUUAACUGUUUCCUCAACUGGCCCACUGAAGGCUUCCCAACCCCCGACGAGGUAGACUACAGUAAGAUCCUCACACUGCAAGAAACGCCUUCAUCUGACCAGAAGAUUGUCACAGAGAGACUCAGCGAGAAAAAUGGAGAUAUCCGACACUCCACAGAGAAACUCCCUAAUGGAACUGACUUUGAUUCUGCACCCAAGUCUCCUCCCUUCCGCCGGUCUGUAUUCUCGCCCAUCUUCCUGUGGAGUCUGGUGACGAUGGGGAUGUCCCAGUUGAGGAUCAUCUUCUUCAUGGGAGCGAUGAACAAGAUGCUGGAGUUCAUGGUCACACACGGUGAAGAGUUUCCAUCUGACAAGCUCGAGAUAGAAAAGAAAGUGAGUUUCUACUCGUCCAUCUUCGGCACACUGCAGCUGCUGUGCCUGCUCACAUGUCCUCUGAUUGGAUACAUCAUGGACUGGAGGAUGAAGGAUUGCACCGAUGAGAAGACUGUCCCUCCAGGCACAGAGCAGAGGCAGACCAGUUUACCCACGAGAGACCGUAAGAUCCAGAAAGUGACCAACGCCAUGAGGGCUUUCCUUUUAACCAACCUGCUGCUGCUCGCCUUCGGAAUCUGCUGCCUCAUCGACAACAUGCCUCUACAGAUCCUGACCUUCAUCCUCCACACGAUGGUCCGAGGCUUCAUCCACUCCUGCUGCGGAGGACUUUAUGCUGCUGUAUACCCAUCCAACCACUUCGGCACACUGACAGGCCUCCAAUCCAUGAUCAGCGCUUUGUUCGCUCUCCUGCAGCAGCCGCUCUUUAUCGCCAUGGUCGGACCACUGAAAGGAGACCCCUACUGGAUAAACCUGGGCCUGAUCCUCUUCUCCUUGGCUGGCUUCCUGUUACCGGGUUAUCUGUACUACCACCGCAGACAGCUGAUCAGGGAAAAGGAGGCCAACGACAAGAAGGCGGCCGGACAGGAGAUGCAGGCGCUCAACGAGAAUGAAAACAACGGAUACAAACCUCACACUAACGGGCUCCAUGCUGCAGAGGCGUAGAGCAGCCACACAGAGCACAGAGGGCCUUGUAGGUUUAUAGGUGCCUUCAGAAUGAGCACCAGUAAUCUACGCAUCCAUAUACACUCACUGGCCACUUUAUUUGGUACACCUGCUCAUUAACGCAAAAAUCUAUUCAGCCAAUUAAACGGCAGCAACUCAAUGCUUUUAGGCAUGUAUACAUGACAUGGUCAAGAUGACCUGGUGAAGUUCAAACAGAGCAUCAGAAUUGGGAGGAAAGGUGAUUUAAGUGACUUUGAUUGUGGCAUGGUUGUUGGUGCUAGACAGGCUGGUCUUGGAGUAUUUCAGAAACUGCUGAUCUACUGGGAUUUUCACGCACAACCAUCUCUAGGGUUAACAGAGAAUGCUCAGAAAAAGAGAAAAGAAUAAGUUCUCGAAGAAUGCCAGAGGUCAGAGGAGAAUGGCCAGACUGGUUAAAAAUGAUAGAAUUGAGCAUCGUUUAAACGCCACAGCCUACCUGAGUAUUGUUUCUGACCAUGUCCAUCCCUUUAUGACCACAGUGUGCUAAUCUUCUAGUGGCUAUUUCUAGCAGGAUAACGCGCCAUUUCACAAAGAUCAAAUCAUCUCCAACUGGUUUCUUGAACAUGACAAUGAGUUCACUUUACUCAAAUGGCCUCCACAGUCACCAGAUCUUAAUCCUAUAGAGCAGUGCUUCUCAAAGUGUGGUCCGCGGACCACUGGUGGUCCGUGAGCGCCCCCUAGUGGUCCGUGAGUAUAUUGGUAACAUUUCACAUUUGAAAUAAAUAAAUACAUUUCAGUUUUCCGCACUCUCGCGGGAAUAUCUCCACACUGGAGCGAGGUUAUGUUUAACUUUUGGUUGCAUGAUAUAGCCCAGCGCAACACCUUCAUCACACAUGUUGCCACUUGUUUGUAGCAUUUUCAGGCGAUUUGUAAUCUGUUCUAGAAAAACGAUGUGUUUUUUGAUAUUUGUGGAGUUAGGUGGUCCGCGAGUGUUUUUUAUAUUGGUUAAGUGGUCCUUGGAAUGAAAAAGUUUGAGAAACACUGCUAUAGAGCACCUUUGUGGUGGAACGAGAGAUUCACAUCAUGGAUGUGCAGCGGAUCAAUCUGUCGCAACUGCGUGAUGCUAUCAUGUCAAUCUGGACCAAAAUCUCUGAGGAACGUUUCCAGCACCUUGUGGAGUCUAUUCCACAAAGAAUGUAUGCAGUUCUGAAGGCAAAAGGGGGUCCAACCAGGAACUAGCAAUGUGUACUUAAAUAGUGGCCGGUGAGUGUAUAUUUCGUUGUUCCAGUUGUGUUUUGGUCACUGCUGGUGUACAUUUAGCUCACUACAAACCAAACCACAGAGAAAAUAGGAUUCCUCAUGUUUCAUUAUGUCUUUCAGUUCCUUGUGAUUUCGGUAGAUGUGUCAUCAUCAUUUAUUUAUUUAUUUUGGAAAUAAGUGUUGAAUAGCCAAAUUACUGUGAUUUUAAGCCAUAGAUUUCAAUAUCUACCACACACAAAGAAAUGUGCACACAACCUUUGACAGACUGUGUGUUAGGUUGCGGAUAUCAUGGUACUUUUAUAAUUCUAUUAUAUAGUUUUAGAAAUCGCCUGAUAAUCAUUACAAUCCUCGCUAAAACCAAAGAACAGCUUGAAAAUACUUGGAAAGUUGCACUUUUUACUUCAGUAUUGUUUCAAAAGUGUGCCUAAUGAAGCAAACUUUUUGUGUAUUGUGCUGUUUCUACUGUACACCCUCUGGUUAAAAAAAAAACCAUACUUAUAUAUGUGUAAAACAGAUCAUAUACGUAUCAAAGAAAAUAUAAAGCGUUUGAACAUUCUGGUACAUGUAAAGAAGCAUUUGAGGUAAUUUCAGAGCCCAAGUUAUUUACACACACACACACACACACACACACACACACACACACACACACACACACACACACACACACACACACACACACACACACACACACACACACACACACACACACAGAUAGGCUGGUUGUAGAGACACCAUAUCUACCUCCUGUUUCAUUUUGUUGUACUGUCUCUCUGCAACCGACCCCCUCGUCUGUUCAUCAAUGUUUUGUUCUCAUUAGGAACUAUUAAUCAUAUUAUUGUUAAAUACCUGAAAUGAAAAAUGAACCAAGUACAUCAUUUCUUAUUGUGCAUUCAUCACAGAGGUAUUGCUUAGUCAGCCCUUGCAUUUCUGCAUUUUUAUAUUUAAAUGUUUUUUUUUGUUUUUUUUAUAUAAAGGAAAAAUAUGACUGACUUAAAAUUCUGGCACACAGUGUUUAAUGUUUUUGAUCACUUCGUACUGCUUUAUGCACAGAAAUGAACUAGUGUGUGUAUAAAAUAUGUAUUUAAGUGUAUUUGUUUACUCUAGCUGCAUUAGCUUUAAAAGGGAAGCGUUUGUUUCAUCAACAGUUAUUUUGUAGUGGGCUUAUCAUAAAUGAAGCUUAGAUGAUUGAUUGUGUAUUCUGCGUUUGCCUUUUUUUGUAAACAAACAUCAAAUAGUUUUUUGUAAAUAUAACUGAGGUGUGCCUUGUAUUUUAUCACAUAUUCUGCUUGCUUUACUAUAUAUGGGUGUGUGCAGUAUAUCAACCGAUGGCUUUGGUUUAACAUGCUUUUUAAAUUGGAUUGUUCUGCUUGGAUUCCCAAAGUCACAUUAAAAGGACUGUUUCAGCCAGCAGUAGAUCAAAACAGAACAUAUAUAUUAUCCCAAAGUGACAACAAAUGUUUGUAUACAUGUUUGAUCUGAACACAGCAACAGUAAAGUGUAGAGUUAUUGAAUCAAUUGUACAAUUUUAAAUGUUUUGACUAUUAUUUUCAGUGUGAAGUGUGCUUUAGAUGCUUUUCGUUCUGGUCUGAUGAAUUUCUUUCCUGAUUUUUUUUUCGUACAUAAAACGUUUUAGCUUUUUGAAUUCCUGCUCACUUGCCAUGAAGGAGAUUGUGUUUUGUUUUAACCCUGUGCCUUUGCUCCUAUCUUGCCUUUAUUUCAACAGAUUUGAAUGUAAGAUGAAUGCCUCCGCCAAACACCUUUCUUGGUGAACCAAAGCCAAUGAGUAGCUUGAUAUGUUGAGUGCAUUACAAUAAGAGUUGGUGAGGUUCUCCAGUUUGGCUUAUGUCAUUACUUUCCUCUCGUACAGUAUUUUGUAAUGUUUGAAACAUAUGAACCAGCAAUUCCAGCAACUACUGACUUGUCUGUACCUCUGCAAGCUUCCAUAAAGGUCAAUAAAUAAUUUGUCAGACAACAGUAAUUUGCUGUCUGAAUCCUUGGGUUGAAGUUUAGUCAACAUCUCUGAUAUCCUCUACGACAACAACAAAACAUCCUUUGCCUUGUCUGUAUUAAGACCAACACAUAAAGUGGCGUAUCUUAUUUCCUUCCCCUUGGGGGUUGAAGUGUAAAAGUGUGUCUUCUUUCCUUCCAUAACUAUAUCCAGCUUCUGCAUUUGUUAAACAAAUAAAAUUAUAAUUGUAAA